GACUCCGCAGCAGUUUAAAUUAAUGUCAGCCUGCCUGCUCAGGGAGAACAAACACAGCGCAGAUAGCGAAAGUACAGGCUCGGCGCAACCUGCUGCAAGCCGCUGGCUACACUUUACCAUGACUCGGCGGCCGAAAAACAGUGUUUACAGUAGCGAGGAAGAUGAGGAGGAGACAGAUGUGUACGAACAUGACUAUGACGGGACUCUUGCCAAAGUGGGGAAACGCCACCUCGGCAAAACGCGCUGGACUCGCGAAGAGGAUGAGAAGCUGAAGAAACUGGUUGAGCUGCACGGAUCAGACGACUGGAAACUAAUUGCAAGUCUAUUAACUAAUCGCACAGAUGUGCAGUGCCAGCACCGGUGGCAGAAGGUUCUCAACCCAGAACUCAUUAAAGGGCCCUGGACCAAAGAGGAGGACCAGAGGGUGAUCGAGCUGGUCCAGAAGUACGGAGCCAAGCGCUGGUCGGUGAUCGCCAAGCACCUGAAGGGACGCAUCGGCAAGCAGUGCCGCGAGCGCUGGCACAACCACCUCAACCCGGAGGUGAAGAAGACGUCGUGGACCGAGGAGGAGGACAGGAUCAUCUACCAGGCUCACGAGAAGCUGGGAAACCGCUGGGCGGAAAUCGCCAAGCUGCUUCCUGGCAGGACUGACAACGCCAUAAAGAACCACUGGAACUCCACCAUGAGGCGAAAGGUCGAGCAAGAGGGCUACCUUCAGAACACGUCGAAGAACGGCGGCUCCAUGAGCCACGGCUACAUCAAGACCCCCAAUCACAUCAUGAGCUUCCCCCACCACUCGCCGAGCCACGCGCAGCUGCCUCCCGUCACCUACAACUACAUAUCUGAAACACACAGGCUGCCCUUCCUGAUGCCUCUGCAUUUAAACAGCCUGAACAUUCCCCAGCCUGGAACUGCUGCUAUACAAAGACACUAUGGCGACGAGGACCCUGAGAAAGAGCAGAAAGUGAAAGAGAUCGAACGGCUGCUCAUGGCGACGGAGAACGAACUGAAAAUCCAGCCAUCACUAUCGAUGAAUUUGAGCUUUCCAGCUUGGGCCACCCAGAGCUCUUUGAUCAGCAGCUCGGAUGGUGCCGCAACGUCUUUAUCGCACCUCCAGAUGGCCGCCCCGGCGCUGCCCCUCGACCAGAGCUGCCUACCGGAGGAAAGCGCCUCGUCAACACGGACCAGCAGCAGCAGCAGCGGCAGCAGCAGCAGCGGCAGCAGCAGCCAUCACAGCAGCCCGACCUUCCCGCACACGAUCCCAGACUUUAUGGAAUCCGUCAUUGACUCUUUCCUCAGCCAGUCUAUGAGUCCAGAACACUCCGACGAGAGUCUACGAAUGAGCGUGCCGGUGGACAUCAAGCCUCUCAUCGACCACUCCAUCAGGCCUCAGAAAGAGAACGAAAUGUUCCGGACUCCGAACAUCCGUCGUGCCAUCCUGGAGUCGAGCCCUCGUACACCCACUCCGUUCAGGUCAACUCUGGGCUUUCAUGGAUCCCUCAAACUACAGAGUUCACCGUUGCAGCAGCAGAUGGUUGAGUCCAUCAAGCAGGAGCCGGUGGAGUGUGCCAUUGACCAGCCUCCUCUGAAGAAGAUAAAACAAGAGGUGGAGUCCCCGUGCGAGAGGAGCCCCUGCAUGCAGUGGGAGGGUCAAGAGCUCAACACGCAGCUCUUCUCCCCCAACGCCUCCGCGCAGGAAGUACCUUUAAGUCCACAUGACCUACUUACCAGCUCAUUACUAAGCGAGGAUGGGCACAAACCCUACCACCUCCCUCGCAGAGGCGUGAACAGCCCACUACAGCAACAGCAGCAGCAGCUCAGUUCUUGGGAACAGGCAACCUGCGGGAAGACGGAGGAGCACAUCCUGGCCUCCGAGCAGAACCACAAGUACAUCAACACUUACCCCACGAGAACACUGGUGAUGUAGACAACGGCGCGAGGGACAAGACACACAUGGGGGGGGUUGGGUGGGGGGGGGGGACGCUGAUCUGGAAACGUCAACACUCCGUGCGCUGGACUCAUCGCCGCAGGUUUUUUAAAAUAUUUGUUGUGGUACAACAGUUGGGAGAGGCGUUUACGCCAUCGGUGUUUAUACACUCAAACUUGUUGGAUUUCAACCAACCAAAGACUAAACACGUUUUUUUGUAUUUUUUUGUAUUUUACAUUUUUUUAAAGUAGAAUUUGAUUUUUUUUUAUGUUUUUAUAUAAAUGUCCAUCCUUGUUGGUCUUGCUCUGUUUGUAUCACUGUUGUAUUAUAAAUGGGGAAAAGGUUUGCGUUGGGCUGUAUUAUUGGUUACGAAUUUUGAUAUUAAUAUAAAGAACAAGUUAAUUUAUUUGUUUGUUUGUUCCUGUUUGUUUUUUUUUUUUGUUCUGGAUUAUAACUAUUUAAUUGUUUUUACAAUCCACCAAUUGAGCAGUGUUGUAAUUUUAAGUAUUUAAGCCCUGUUAGCAUUAUCAUAUAACCAAAGGCAUAAUACGGAUGUCCAAACUGACCUCUGAAUUUUACUCAUGGAACUAUUUCACAGUUUUUGUUUUUUAUUCUAAAGGGGGGGAGGGGUCUGCCCAAAAUUUCAUGUGUUUGGUCAUGUAAACACUUAACGAGGACUGUCUGUUCUUAUAUUAGGGUUCAAAUCUGGCCAACUUUAGUAUUACCCGGUUACCACAUUGUGAUGUUUAUUUCACCAAAAAAAAAAAUUAACGUUCAUUUCAAAUAUCGAUGCAUUUCUGGCUUUUACAUCUGGGCAAAUGUAUGAACAAAUGAAUAUGUUUAUGAAACGAGACAAAGAGAGAUUACACUAUGCAUUUCAAAAUCUGAAAUGAGCUUCACCGAGUAAGAGUAAAAACCAAGCUGCUCUUGACCUUUUUUUUUUUUUUUUGUAAAACAAAAGAAUGAAACACUGUUUUUAUAUCCUACUACAAACAAAAGCCCUCUGGAAACUUUUGUAUCAGUUUAAAAAUACAAGUUUUAUUAGUUUUGUAUUGUUUUUUUUUUUGUAAAGUGUACUUCAUCAGCAUUUUGUUUUCAUACAGAGACUAAAGUAGCCCUUGUCAAACACUUAAACAGACGUUUUUUGUUUUUUUUUAUUUCUUAAAUACUCUCAUGCCUUUUUUUUGAUACUAGCUUUGGACUUUUCUUAUGAAAGCAUUUAUACAUGCCAAGUUUUCACGUUUUUAUACUUUUGUAUACUGCCAAGCAAAUAAAGUGUGCUGUUUUUAUUAA